CCCACGUGUCUCCCCCAGCGCUCGGCUACGCACGCUCAGAGUCGCGCUGAACGAUGGCGGCGGACGGCGGAGGUUCAGCUCCUUCGGCUUCUCUCGCGCUCCCGUGCGCCUAUUCACCGGCGCCGCGGCGGCAGUAUCUGGCCGUGUGUGCUCGCGACGGACGCCUGCGGAUCUGGGACGCGGACGGCGGCGGCAGCGGUGGGAAACCCCGGCAGGAGUACGCGCCCUCCGCGCGGCUCAGCGCUGCCUGCAGCUGCGUGGCGUGGGGCCCGUGCAGAACCAGCAAGGAAGGUCCACAGAGGAAGAAGAGGAAAUCAGAGGCAGGACAGGCUGUGGAGCAAUCAGAUCUGUUGGCGCUUGGCACAGCUGCGGGCACAGUUCUCAUCUACAGCACAGUGAAGGGUGAUCUGCACUGCACACUGGAUGGAGGACAUAGUGGAGGGGUCAACAGCAUCCAGUGGCACCCAGAAGACUCUCUUCUCUACAGCGGCUCAGACGACACGCACAUCGUUGAGUGGGACCUGCAGACAGGCAAAACACGCUGUAAAUGGAAAGCAGACAGAGCGGCAGUGACGAGUCUUUCUGUAAGUCCAGAUGGGAAAUUCCUGCUGUCUGCUGGAAUGACCAUCAAAAUGUGGGACUUGGAGACCAAGGAAAUGUACCGGAAGUUCACAGGUCACGCCACAACGAUAACGACGCUCUGCUUCGCAACAAACAGACCACCAGACAGUAAUGGUCUCUACUUUGUGUCUGGAGCAGCUCAUGACCGACUUCUCAGUGUGUGGCAGGUGCGGUCUGAUGGAAAAGACAAGAAUGCGGUGGUGUCUUUUACAUUGACAGAUGAACCCCAACACAUCGACCUGCAGACGUCCAACAGCAAAGAUGAAGCGGUGAGGUUAGCAGUGGUGUGCAAGGAUGGGCAGCUUCACCUCUUUGAGCACUUUCUCAAUGGACCCGGUAAAAAGCCCUUGUCUCCAGUGUGUUCGGUACAGGUGUCAAGUGUUGGAGGCAAAGGGGAGGGAGACGUGCCUGUACCCGUGCCACUACUGGCUACAACUCUCUGUGCGGACAAACAGAACCUCAUUCUGGCCUACGGAAACCAUCUGCAGCCUGUCAUUGAGAAAAUGCCCAUAAAUACGACGGAGAGGCACGUGUGCCUGAUCCGAGACUUACACACCACACUCUCCCUUUCUGUUGAUGCUGCUGUGUCCAAGGUAAAGACGCCCAUUGUAAAUGAACAGAAAAGCAAAGUACUUAUACCGGGACUUCCUGGACACAAAGCUCCAAUCAGAGCAAACUCCAGCCAACCGGAGAAGAGGAAACAAGGGUCCAGUGCUACAGAGAUGUCUAUAGAGGAGCGGUUGGAACAAAUCGAGUUGAGUGUAUCGGGGGGUAAAGGUGGAGACAAGGGGGCUUCAUCGUCUCUACAGACAGAUAGCUUUGCCGUGCUACUGGUGCAGGGCCUGGAGAGCAAGGACUCACAGAUCCUCAAUAAAAUCUUCCAAACAAAGAAGGAAACCUUGAUCAAGAAAACGGUUGCCCGCCUGCCGCCUCCUGCAGUUUUGCCUUUAGUGGAAGAGCUAUCAAAAAGGCUGCAAGGACAUCCAUUUGUGGCGAUAUUAAUAGUACAGUGGUUAAAGGCAGUUUUGACGCAGCACACAUCAUACUUGUCAUCGCUACCUGACUUGGUGUCUCAGUUAGGGCUGCUGUAUCAUAUGAUUGAGACCCGGGUUAAGCUGUACCACCAGCUCACGAGACUUCAUGGCAAACUCUACCUGCUCAUGACUCAGGUGGCAACAAGCAGCAGUACCCAGAAAGCUGGUGACCUGGACCAUACGGCCAAGCUUGUGUAUGAGGAAGAGUCUUCAGAUGAAGGAGAUUCGGGAGCUGAGGGACUCCAUGAGGAUGACUCUGAUGGCUGGGAGGAUGAGGAGGAGGACGCGGAGAAAGAGGGGGCAAUGGAUGUGACGGAGGACGGGGAAAACCACAAAGACAAGGAAGGCAGUGACGAGGAGGAAGACAUGAAAGACGAGUCCAAAGCGAAUGGCGAUUCGGACUUAGACCCUGAAAACGAGAGCGAGGAGGAGUGAAAAAAGGAAUUGAACAUAAAAAGGAGCUUGGAAGAUUUAUAUAUUUCAUUUUAUUUUUUUCUUGUUUUCAUUUUAUUGUACAAAAACAAAACAGAUACAAGAAAGGUUGUUUUAUAGAGUUCCAACGUCCGCCAUGUCCUGGACUCAUGGUGGCUAUUUUUUCCAGGAUGGCCACUAGGGCGGUGAAACUAACAGCUUGACCAAGCUGAGAACUGCACAGCAGAAACGAGUGUCUGAACUCUAUUUUUCUUGCUGUUCGUUAAGACCUCAAGACUGCCUCCCUCUUAUUCUUUCUUUUUUUUUGGCCCUGGUGCUGUUAUAACUGUACCACACCUUCCUUUAACCUGUGGCAGGAGUGUUUUGUUUGGUCAGGGCUCAGGUUGUUUAUUGUAUCCUUAUACAAUACGUGUACCUGUUCAGUUCGUUCUGUUUAAUGGCGUCAUGAAAUUUCCCAGUUGCCAGAAAAUAUUGGGAAUUUAAGCUCAAUCAGUAUUUUGUCUUUUUUCUUCAUUGUGAAACCAGACAAAUUUGAAAGCUGCUCUGCUUGGUUUUAUAUAUGUAAAGAAAUCAAGAUUACUGUGGGUAAAAUCCUGAGUAAUGAAUAAAUAAUAAGAAAUCUGGUUUGAACUGUAUGUGAUAUUUGAUUGAGAGCUGAGUAGAGGAGUACAAAAAUCUUGGAUCAAACUUUCAUGGCCCCGAAAUCAUUGUGUACCAAAUCUGUACUGAUUGUAGCUUUAACUCAACCAUCGACUCCCAUUGUGUCUGAGAGUACUGAGACGACACUGGGUCCAUUAAGACAGUCUUUAUAAUGUGCCUUUGUGUUUCUAAACCACCUUUUUACUUUUCACCCCCUCCCCCCCUCCACUCUCUCCUUCCCUGUAUAUCUCUGCCUGCAGUGUGGGAAGGGUACUAUUUCCUUUUGUCCACUUUUCUUAGUGACAGCAAGAUGGCAAAGCUUUAGAGUGGAUGUCAAUGUGAACUUGGCUUGAUUAGGUGAAUAAUAAAUAUUCAGAUUUAAUUCGUAUGUCUCUCAGAGGCCUGAGAGUCUCUUGAUGCUCAAAGUGGUUGCUUUAAAACAUUUUGUCAACCAUAACCUUUUUUUCAUGCAAACAAUAUCAGCGACUGUUGUACAGUUUAAAUAAAAUAAAUUCUUUUUUUUUGUUCUCA